GCGCUCCUCACUCUACUGCGGCCAUGAGAGGACUGCUCUGUCUCUUCUUUAUCUUUUAACCAAAGCGGAAGUACUUCACUGGUCAGCCAGAGGCCGAGAUCAACGCUAGCUCAGCAGCAAGAUGGCUCACAGGCUGCUAGUACGUAGAAUCUGGACGCUCUCUGUGAAAGAUAUCCGCUGCCUCCCAGCAUCCUCUGCCGCCACCACCACCGCCUCCUGUUCUCCUUUUUCCACCUCCCUGCAGUCCGCCACAACCCGGGUCUCCUUCCUCACUCCCUCACGCUCUCUGCCUCGCUCCCUCGCUCACACCUCCCGCCGGGAAGUCUCCUUCAACGUUCAGGACCACGAGGACUUCACAGACCGGGUCAUCAACAGCAAAACGACAGUGCUAGUUGACUUCCAUGCACAGUGGUGUGGUCCCUGUAAGAUCCUUGGGCCGAGGUUGGAGAAGGCUAUUGCAAAACAGAAAGGCCGUGUUACCAUGGCAAAAGUUGACAUAGACGAUCACACAGACCUGGCUAUCGAAUACGGGGUGUCUGCCGUCCCGACAGUAAUCGCCAUACGGGGAGGAGACGUGAUCGACCAUUUUGUGGGGAUCAAAGAUGAUGAUGAGCUGGACUCAUUUGUCAGCAAGGUCAUUGGACAAUAAACCAGCUCUGUCCCCGCCCUGCCCUGCCGCUCACCACCGUUAUGGUGCUGUUUUGUAUGAUUUUGGCCGCCAUCUUGAGCCAAUAAGUAAACAAAUCCUUGCCACAAUCCCAGCUGGCAAACACUCAAAUGCUCAC